CAGGCCCCCCACUUCCUCUGCGCCACACGCGCGAGACUCCUGCUGUACGCGAACUGAUUUGUUUGAGUUCAAGCCGGAAGUGGUAAAAGUAGAAGCGAAGUAGAUUGAAUUCUGAAUGAAGAAAUGGAGUUUAAUGAAAAUACGCUGAAAAAACAGUUGGGGAAGUACAAAUUCCGGGACCUGACCAUCGAGGAACUGAAGAAUGUGCAUAAAAAAUUUCCUGAACUUAAAUUGUCAAUGGACACAUACACUUUCAGUGACGGUUCCCAGAAGGAUCUUCUGAGCCUAAUUGGAACCAUUCCUAUUAGAUAUCAAGGAUCUUCCUAUAAUAUUCCCAUUCAAAUAUGGAUUCUUGACUCUCAUCCUUUUGGUCCUCCUUUGUGCUUCCUGAGACCGACUUCGAACAUGGUUAUUCGUGAGGGGAAGCAUGUAGACGUGCAAGGACGCAUUUAUUUACCAUACCUGCAACACUGGAGUCAUCCAAAAACAGAUGUCAUUGGUUUGCUAAACGAAAUGAUCACAAAGUUUGAGGAAGCGCCACCUUUAUACACAAAGCCGUCCACUGAUGAGGUGUCCCUGACAGAGCUCAAUGCCUGCGUUGCUGGUAUUUCUUCAGGUCUCUCUGAUGCCAGUCUUCAGCCAAAAACAGAAGCUGGUGACCGACACUUUGGGAAAGUUACAGUGCUUGGUGGUGGCGAUUUGGGAAUGGCAUGUGCCAUGAGCAUCUUAGCAAAGGAUGUCAUAGAAAAGUUGGUGUUCAUUCCAACCUCAGAGAAUGCCAUGAAAGGUGGGAUACUGGAUAUGGAGAUCUUCAGUCUGCCCAGAGUUGAAAUCAGCAAAGACUUCUCAGACUCAGCGGGUUCCAGGGUAGUGAUUGUCACUGCGAACACCUGGGGUGGCGAGGAGUCCUACUUGAAAGCAUUACAAAGCAAUGUGGAUCUGUUCAGGACAAUCAUUCCCAGUACGGUGCGAUACAGUCCCAACUGCAUACUCAUCAUUGCCUCCCAGCCAGUUGAUGUGAUGACGUAUGUGGGCUGGAAGCUGAGUGGGUUUCCUUCAGAUCAUGUGAUUGGGACUGGCUGUAACUUGGACUCCCAACGUUUCCAAUCCAUCCUGGGGAAAUCUUUAAAAACAUCAGUUGGAAAGGAAGCCUGGAUCAUUGGCGAGCAUGGGGACAAUGAAGUGGCUGUGUGGCAGGGCUCUGAGAUGGGCAGUGGGCGAAAUAACAACCCAGACAUAAUCACAGACCAUGUCAAACACGAGCAGCUGGCACUCAGGGUUUUUAAAGGGUUAAAGGAGAAAGGUCAGAGGUCAUGGUCGGUUGGUCUGUCUGUAGCUGAUUUAACUGAGACUAUCCUGAGAAAUCUGAGACGUUCACAUUCUGUUUCCACUCAGGUGAAGGGCUGGUACGGAAUUAGCGGCGAGGUAUUCCUCAGCCUGCCAUGCAUGCUGACUAUGACUGGAGUGGUGAGUGUAACCACACCAAAGCUAUCUGAGGAUGAGGAAGCAAAGCUACGGAGCAGUGCAGCAUCCCUUCAAAACUUUCUUCAGCAGCUAAAGCUUUAAGCUGCUGAUUGGAACAAGUGUAAGUGAUAGAUUGCAAAGCUGAGGAACCUGCAUCAAUUUCAAUGUUUGACAGUGCCCUGGUCUUGUCCAGAAAGCCCAAACCCUGUGACUGGCAGCUGCACGCCCUUGAUAUAUAUGUAACCAUGUACAUUCUAUAUAAUCCCUGCUGUCCUUAGCUCAACAUAAGGGUGUUAGCUUGGCUCAGUUAGUAACACUUUCUGUUCAGCUUCAUGUUAUUGGAUCCUGUAGAUCUAGUUUCCUCAAGAUGGAAGUUCUCCUAGCCUCCUGGUCAACAUUCAUCUCUUCAGUACUAUCAAACAACACUAAUUAAUGAGUAAAUUUACCUUUGUGGGAUCUUCAGAAGUCCAAAAUGGCUGUCACACAUGCAAUUAACAAUUACCAAGGUCAUUUGCUAAUAUCACAAUGAAGGUAAAGUGAAAUGCAAGUUGUUUUUCCACCCCACAGCCAUGUGCCCUGUAGAUCACUGGUUCUCAAAGUGUGACCAAGUUCUCUAGGUGAACCUCAAGCUGGUUCAAAAUGCAAGUCAGGACAUGGAAUGCCAUGGCUGAGGCUGUACAAGAGAACAGGCUGACCCCUCAUCCCCACCACCUGCAUGACAUCACAAAAUCUGACCAACUCUCAUGUGGGUGGUAUGAGUCAUCAUAAAUGUGAGCAACAACAAUUUAGUUUUAUAAGCAAGAUUUAUGUUAUUGUUGAUUGUGUUUAAUUAAUAUAGAUGUAGUAUUGUGGUUUUAUAACACAAUGUUUCAAAUAAAUAUGCUGUAGUAUUAAUAUUUAUCUUAUGAAAAUGUUUAUACUUUUGAUUCUGGCAUGAAUUAAUUUACUUAUAUUUAAUAAAAAGUGCACAUAAAUGUAUUACAUUUAAUUGUGAAAAGCAAAGAAAUGUUUAUAGAUUCUAUAAGAAUAUACGUUAUAGUUGGUUGGGCUGUGUGAUGCCACUAGCAAGGAAGUAAUCUUCAAAGCGCACGUCAUGCCUCAUGAGCAAAUGGGAAGUAUUUCCUAGAACCAAAAAAAAUUGAGUUGAUCAGAAAUCCAUUUCCAAAUAUGGACCAUGUUUAAGAAGUCAAAGAAGUGGACAAUCUUGUGGAGAUUGCAUCGGAUGGGUUACAAAAGCUGGUAUUCUGUGAGAAAAAUUUGGAUUUUUGGCUCCGCAUAUGAAAGUCCUGGACUUAGGAACAGCUCAAAGCACUUGCUGCCAUAGAAUACGACUGUGAGGUUGGAUUUUCAACCCAUGUGGGGGCUGAAGACGAAGAGGAACCUGCUGGACAUGGAGCCCAAGGUGAAAUUGAGGUCCUCAGUUUGGAGCCAGAAACCAUCCCAUUGGUGUCUCUUCAAAAGUAGUGCCAUUCUUUCCAUUAAUUCUGCUGAGAUUUUGUUUUCACAAUGAUAAUUGAAAGUGGAUGGGUUAGGACUGUUAGGUGGUCUGCAGGUUCUUUUGCCCCACCUAAGGGGUCCGCGCAUGAUAAAGUUUGAGAACCACUGUGAAGUAUAGCUACAGCGAUGUGCCAUUAUAUCACUGCUAGCCAUGUGUAGCCUGUGUAUACUUGUCCAGCUCAAUAGCUAAUGGUAAUACACGGAACUGAUGGCAUUGCAGAUAAAGUAUCUUGAAUGAUAGCUAUCAUUGCAGAUCUGAAACAGAAGUCUGGCAGGAAGGGGCAAUAUUUUUGGUGCAAAGCAGCCAUCAUUGUUUUAUAUUUAUUGUAGGUUUUGUUAACUACAUUUCCACUUAAAUCUUUAUACUCUUGCUCUGUAACUAGCUGCCAUUUCUCUGCUGCUGCCAUUGCUUCAGCAUCAUUCACAGGUGGCCUGCACACCAGCAACACAGUACUAAUGGCGUAGGUCUGCAAUUCACUGUCCCUGCUGCUGGCCAGGACUUACAGGAGAGGGUUGGAAAUCUGGCUAAAACUAAUCAGGAAGUAAGAGUUGCUACAGAAAUGUUACAGUGAAAAUGACUGUGUUGUCUCUGUAGUCUCCAGUCACUGCAACAGCUUUAAAUAAUUUGACUCUAAGUCUUCCAUACCUAUUUAAUCUCUGUGCCCCCUGGCUACCCCCAACCCCUCCCACCAAUACAAGAGGCCAAAAUAGAUACCCCAUCCAUCUGCAAAUUGUCUUCUCCCCAUAACCAAAGCGGCAGCAGUAGCUACCUUCUGCCUUUUAUUUCAAUGCAGUUGCUAUCUGACCUGAGUAUUUCUAGCAUUCUCUGUUUUUAUUUAAGUAGAAGCUGAUAGCUUAUUUUCGUGUCAAUUACAAAAUAACUAUUAGGUUUCAUAUUGUGUCUGUACUUCAUACAAAUAAAAUAAUGUAAUUUUUGCAUUUGAAAGUAAAAUACAAACAUAAUGAUG